AUGGCUCUCUCCUCAGACACUGGCGCGCACGUCGUGCAAACAAUGGUAGCCGAGGCCGCUCCUCGCGUUGUAAACCCAUAUCCAAACAAAGUUAUCCAUGCCGACAUACGCAUACAAUCGAUUGACGAAGAGCCAUCCCAAGAUGGACCGGUUCAGCAGAGCGAUGGGCGUAUGCCCGAGAGCACCUCGAGCGCGGCAGAUGCUGAAUACCAAGAAAGAGCCGCAGAGAUGCAGAACUGGUGGGCUGAGGCUAUUGCACGGAACAUGGACCUGCCGGAGGGGUACUCGCAUGUCGCAGUGUUGAUCAUCAAGUGGGCGGAUGACCUUGACGAGCUCAAGACGGGCGAAGAGGCAAGGGAACUCGGCGCUCUCUUCCGUGAUAGAUUCAACUACGCCACCAGCAUCGUCGAACUCAACGUCGUAAAGAAGCCACAGCACCAGCUAGACAGCUAUGUUAGCGAUUUCAUCUGCAACAACGAUGGACCAGAUAAUCUCUUGAUUGUAUACUACACCGGCCAUGGCGUUUUCAACGACCAGAAACACUGCCUCGAACUCACGGGCAGUCUCCGCAACAACGUUCUGCUCCAGGAUAGAGGAUUCCGCACGACUGCCCGCGCAACUUGGAACAAGGCAGAAGAUCUUCUCAGGCAUGAGGAUGUCGAGGGAGAUGUCCUGACCAUCCUGGAUACCUGCUACUCGAGCAAUUUUGUCAAGUCUUCCAAGGAUGGCCACAAGCGAUUCGAGCUUCUCAGCGCAUGUGCAAUCGAUCAGACGACUGAAGCUCCUGGCAAGAACUCGUACACCCGUGCGCUUAUUGAUGCUAUCAAGGAGCUCCUAGACAAGGACGGCGAGGGUCCGAUAUCUACAUUCCGUCUGUACCAGCGUAUCAACAUGGACCCUCGCCGCAAGGAUACUCCGUCCCAGAUAUGGUCGCGUGGUAAGAGCGUUCACUACAGCGAACAACACAUCUUCCUGGCGCCUCUGAAACUCACGAAAGCACAUACGUUGCACUUGCCCAGUUGGCGGACCAGGCCCAGGGGUUACCUGACCCUGCGUUUUGGUCUCCGAGAUCCAAUCCUAAACCAGCAGCAAAUUGAGUUUAUGACCAAAGCUCUCUCCAAGUCCUUUGCCAACAAGGCACUAAUGGGUCUAAGGAAGAUUGAGUGGGUGGAAAUGGAGUCUGCACCACCCAUGUCGCAUUUCGAGCGUGUUGCUUCCGUCGUGCGCGUCGUGGCACAGUGGAAGAAGGCUGUGGUUAAGAAAAAGGAAGCAAGGCAGUCACAGCGCCAUGAUAACCAAUCCAACCUACCGCACAUAAACGUCGAAUCAGCCAAUGCGCUACACAAGCGCGCACGCACAGAAGCGGAAACAGAUGAGCUGCCACAUGCGAAGAGAGCAUAUCUCGACACCUCGCACCCUCCCUCGCCGCCAGUGUCAGAGUCUUCGCGUGCCGAAGCCGAAGACUCCUGA